AUGCUGGCGCUGAAGCCGAAACUGGUGACAGGUCUUGAUGGAGAACUUCUGAGAAUAUCUGGUAAAGGAAGACUGGUAGAGAAUGCUCAAUGCCUAGUCCGCCCUAUGUAUACACAAUGUAUUAUGCACGAACAAAUAAGUAUCGUUACAGGAACAGAACCCAGACGCGCGGAGUUCCAGGUGGGGCAAGAAACUGCGCGCGAGGAUUCGCUACGAGCUGAUGUCACGUUAGCAGGUUCAGAUCGCUGUCAACUGCACAACACUAGAAAUUCGUCAGUAAGCAUAGAGAACAACACGAGCGAAUAUACCGAUUCGGAGGACCAUGCUCUUAGAACAAUACAUAGAUUAAAAAACGAGGAUGGAUAUAUUAUAUACAGACUGACUCAACAGAAUCAAACCGAAACCUAUAAUAGUAAACGACGAGAGAGACAAAAAAACAAAGAACCAGUCAUUGUCAUUAAUAAUCUAGAUGGCAAACAUGAUAUAGAAGCAAUGGUAAAUCAAAUUCUAGCACAACAAGAACUCUCCAAUGCUUCGUCGCUAUUCGUGGUUGUACCGACAUCAGAAGAAAAUAUUCCCAAUCCCAUGAUAGCACCUCCCCGGUCCACAGUUUGUGUUCAGUUAUCAGAACACCGUCACAGUAAUUGGAACGAAAAUGAUGAGAUUGAUGAAUUGGAUUUAGUUCCACCACACACACGCGGACUGAAAAUAUCAACAAAAGGCAAAAAAUUUUGUUUAGAAGGUUUAACAGAGACGUUGUCAUCUCUCAAUGACGAGGAAACUAAAAAGGGUAAACGACGAAAGUUUUUUAAAAUGUUCCAUAAGCAUGAAAAAAAAGAAAAAGUAAGAGAGACAGAAAAUGAAACAAACGCGGGGGAAGGAAAAGAAGGAGUAAUAGAUAAAAGAGAAAAGGCAACGAAGAACAAACUUUGUCAAAUAACUACUCCUAUGGAAAUGUUUCGAAAAAUUCAAAGAAGUAUAAGUGAUGAGACUACUGCCAUCGAUCAAGGAGGCGGCGUUUCUACUGAGAACAAACCCAGCAAAGACUCCAAACAAGGUUGUGUAGAAUCAUCGAAUGUUGUGUCUGAAUUAAUCACUCCUCUACUAGUUAACCAAGGUCUGAAAUGCGAUAGACACCGAAGAAGGCCAUUAAUGAUAAGCGUCACUCAACAGGCAUCAAUCAUGUCUAUAGGCCACAGGUCCGCAGUAUCUCCGUGUCAUAUUUCUGGAGGCAGUAUCAGCGGAGGACGCCGUAACGCUAUGCAAUUGGAUAAAAUUCCAAUAAAACUGAUCUGUCCUCCAGCGGAAAAUCCAAACGACACUACCGAGGCCCCAGAGACAGGGGGUAAUUGUCAAUGCUGCCCCGAGAAAUUACAGCAAAUGCUAGAACAAGCACUCGCCCAAAAAACUAAAAAUGUGACGUCCACAGGAUGUGGUGGUGACGCUAUCUGUAAAAACCACCCAGAAUCAGAGUUGGAAGAAGAUUCAAACACGGGUUGUACGUGUAGUGGUAAAAGAAAACGAAUAUCAUGCCCAUGUGAAUUAUUUCCGCUGCCAAUAUCCAAAACUACUGAUGGUCCAAAGACAGGGACUAGAUCAUUGAGCUGCCAGUGCUGUGAUUGUGGUGAAUCUAAAUUAAAAUUUUGUCCAGGAGAUAAAAACUUGGGCAAGUGUACAAUGGAAGUAGUAGGACCUGCAGGUGGAGUUUCACUAAUUGAAUCAGACGGAACUUAUACCCAAGCAGGUAUGAUUCAAGCCGAGGCUGGAACUGGCACCGAUAUACCCCUUAAGGAAUGUGUAUGCGAGGAGAAACGUAAAAGAAGGAAUUGUGAAUAUCCUUGUGAAUGUCCUCCCCCGGAACCCGAACCAGAACCAGAGCCAGAACCCGAGCCUGAAAUUACGCUUGCACCGAAGACUGAGCCUGAAAUUGUGAUUUUGACCCCGCCUGGAAUUGUGAUUGUACCAGACCCUGAGCCGGAACAAUUAAGUGAGAUCGAUCCAGCAAUCGCAGAAAAAAUUAAAUUGAAACAAAAGUCUGAUGAAACACAUGCACAUUCUGGAUUCACAUUCUUUAAGAAGAAACCACCACCACCAGCACCACCAGCUUCUGCUCAGGAGCCACCAGAAAUACAACUAACACUAGAAGAGGCUGUCAGGUACUAUGCUACUUUAAAGCCAGAGAUAAUACAGGAUUUUAUCCCUCCUCCAAUAAUUAUUCGCGAAAAAGCUGAUUUUAAAGAGUGUAAAUGUGAUGAACGCAAGAAAAAAAAGAAAAAGAAGCAAAUCAUAUGUGAAUGCCCCUUUGUUGAACCCGAGCCCCCACCUCCGCCACCAGAACCAGAGCAAGAAGCAGUAACCGAACUAGAACCUAGACCAGGCCUAAAACCAUUGGUAGUACCACGACCAAAGUCGUUGGCUGAGGAAACUCCAAACAGUGAGGAUCCUACUUCUAACCAAGGAGAUGGUCCCAGCGGAGGAAUCAAACUGGCAAUAUUUGGCAAAGGUUCUGGGUCUAGGGGUCUCAGUGAUUUAUAUUGUUUCGAAAAAAUGGCAUCAGACAAAGAAAAUUCAGACAAAAAAUCCUAA